AUGAGCAAAAAGUUCAAAUCGCAGGCCUCGAGCAGCCGCGCUGCUGCCAGUACAUAUGGGUCUUUUGGUGGAUUCUCCAGUUCCUUCUCGAGUUCAGGAAGACCUCCUUCCUCUCUCACAUAUGUGACCGCGCCACCAGAUCUGUCGCGAAUUGCGGAUGCGAAACUUGCCAUUUCUUUCAAGAACUUUCUGAAGAAGGAUGAAGUUACGAGAAUAAAAGCAUUAGAUGACAUUAAAGAUUAUGUAUCGACAGUCGAAAGUCGUGGUGCCACUCUUGACGACGGGUUCUUGGAUGCUUGGAUCAAAAUCUACCCACGGGCCUCGAUUGACCUUUCCCGUAGAGUGAGGCAGACGGCUCAUUCAGUUCAAGGAUCCAUUGCCUGCGUUGUUGGCAAGAGGAUAGCCCCAUAUUUGCCUAAGGUAAUUGGGGCAUGGCUUGCAGGCUUCUACGAUAAUGACCGGCCCGUGCAUCGAGCUGCCCUGGAGUCGUUCAUGGAGGUGUUCACAACCGAAGAGAAAAGAAAUGGAGUAUGGAAAGUCUAUCAGAGCUCAAUUCUCGACUUUGUAGAUGAUGUUAUUCUACAACAAACUCCUCAAACCCUGAGUGAUGAAAGGACAGUGAAGCCUGAUGAUGCGGAGGCAAAGUAUGCUCGCGUAGUAGGAACAGCACUCCUACUGUUGAAUCGCGUCAUAGCAAAUUCGACUCACGAAGAUCUCCAAAAAGACCUGGCCGCGGUGGAGAAUCUCCUGAAUAGUAAAUCGAUGUGGUCCCUCUGCUUUCAUGACGAUCCAUUUGUUCGCAGGUCGGUCUAUGUCUUGCUUAGAUCUGCAGUGGCAAAAGAACCGGAGGAGCUGGAUUGGAGGAUCAUUAGUGCAGCUCUGAUUGGCAAAUCCUUGUCCAUCAACCAAUUGGGGUCAGCCUCAGAUCUCUCUGAAUCUUUGCUGGAAGUAACUUCAGCACGACCACAAUUGUGGACGGAAGACUACUCUGGAAAGACUACGUCUUCCAAGAGACUCCUGCAAUACAUCCAGAAAGGCUCUCAGGGAGGCGUGGGGUCCUUCUGGUCAAAUCUUCGCCAACUACUGCAGAUUAUACCUGCGGAGGUGCUGGUGAAAACUGAUCCGCAGGCAUCUACUGACGGCAUUAUUGGGCUAUCGAGUGCGACUUUGUUGACGGAGGCGUUUCAACUUGGAUUGAAUUCAAGAGAAGAGCCUCGGCAAAAUCAACCUGUGGGCUGGAAAUCUUACAUUGAGACAGGGAUUUGGCUAGCGAGUUCACUACCCGAGAGCGAUAGGGACAUUUUUCUGCGCACAAGGCUAUCUCCUCUAGUCAUUCAACAUGUUAGAGCGGAGAAUGCGCCGCAAUGGGCCCUCCCGAAUCAGAAUGCUGUAGCUCUCUGCACAGAGUAUUCUCUCGCAUUAGCUAAAAGCCAUUAUGACAGCGAACUCCAGCGGCUGUGGACCGAUUUAGCCGAUGGUCUUCUCGAAUCAGUCAGACUAUCCGCUCCAGAGCAGUCAAAGGAGUUCAGAUCGUCACAAGAUGCGGUAUGUGCGCAAGCUGGACGACUCUUUGCUCUUGAGGCUUCAGUGCUUGCAAGUGUAGCCGAUACUGAGGCGAAAGCUUCCGUAUCUAGUGUUCUUGACAAGACAAACCUGCCACUUCUGGACAACUGCUUGCAAGUAUUGCGCUCUCGGAAUGGCAAGCCAUAUGCAGCAGCAGCAGUCGUUGAAGAGAUGAUCCGCAACGCUGCAGAUAUUGCGCAGCAAUCUCGAGAAUUGGCAGACUUUGUUCAGAAUGAUGCUCCCGAUUUGCUGUCCUCGCCAUCGGCUGAUCGCCUCAUAUCAGUCAUCUUGUCCUGUCGUUCUUGGAAGGGAUUCGGCUCUAGCUUUGAGAAAGUGGUCGAACGAGUGGCGGAAUCCGAACCAGAGCAAUCAAAUAUACAUGCUGUGCAGAGGCUACUUGCAACUCUCGAUUUCAAAGAAGUGCAUGACAAAACAGGCCUCGACUCAUUGAUCAAACGGGCUUUGGACCAAGCUUGCAGAGGUAGCCGAUUCCACUGGCCAAUCGUGAUCGCGGCACUUCAGAACCAAACAUCACACGGUGAACUAACGGACUUGAUCUUCUUGUUUAUCGUUGAUUCAUUGUCUGAGCCAACGAAGGUCUUUGAAACGCUGCAUGGGCUCUCUCAGAUUGCAAAAUCUGUCCCGGAUGCGCUGAGCAAAUUCCAGGCCGGAGCUCACGGAUCGAAAUUAGCUGGAAAGCUUCUGUUUCUGGCAGAAACUUCUGACGAGGAAGUGACCAGUCUUGCAGAGUCACUGCUAACAAAAUUCAAAGAGAUCGGGGUCGGAGAGACGAGCGCCAAGUCGAGUUUUGAGAUUUUGCAGUACAAUUUCGAUCACGUAAAUGAGGAAUCACUUUCGAUUCAAUCUCUCUUAAGCAUAGCAGAAGACUUACUUCGUGCUGCUGACCCGGAGGCCGGGGCCUCCAUCGCUAAAGACAUCUUGCCCUCUCGUCAAACAUGGGAAACAGCCUUACGGCCGUUCCUGGAGCUUCCCCCUCGCCCAUCGACAGCUAUCACAAGCCCAAUUGGCGGGACUGUUUAUAUAGUAAACCCUGAGGUAUCGGAUACAAUUAAGGAGCAGUACCGCACUAUUUCCCGUGACUCCAGUGGUUGUUCGGCCGCGUUCCGUCUCGCAUACUUCACAAUUCGAGUUCUUUCAUCAUUUGAUAUAACGGGCAGUCUCUCGGCAGACGAGCAGGAGACACUGUUUCACUACAUACCCUUGGCUGUACAGCUGAUUGAUGACGAUCUGAGCAUUGAAAAUUGCAAUGGUAUUACUGGAUUAAUGCACUCAGACCAACGAGAAGAAUACCUGGAGAUUGUUUACGAUGGCCGCAAAGUGAUCAACCAGUGGACGCGCUCAGACGGUCGUUUACCUGGAAGAGAUGAGACAAUCGCCUCAACGAUCCUGUCCUUCUGGCAGAACAGACUUGAAGCUCUGAACAAUACCUCUCCGACGGACUAUCGUAUUGGAGAAGCCUUUGUCAGACUGAUGAACAGCAUCGACUCCGCUAACAAGAAUAAAUCCACAGAUGAGAUUACCAAAUUGUGCAGGGAAGUGCGAAGCUCUAAUGCCAUUCGAUCGGCAUCUUGGGUGGCCGUCUUACGUGACUCAAUCUUAAUCAAUCCGACGGGCAACCGGCUGUGCAAUGAACUGGUUGCAGACUCUACGGGCUUGAAGCCUCAAGAUGAGAAGAAGGAAGGUCUCCGAAAACUGUCUUUGCUUAAUCUUCUUCUUGCGGGGGAGACAAACGUGGCGGCAACCAUUCCAACUCAGCGUCUAGUCUUCCUUGUCAAGCAUCUCAUACAAUGUCUCCAGUCCGAGAACUUGGCGCUCAAUAUUAGAGCCGAGAUCAUGCAUACCCUGACCUUUGUCCUUCCUUGCCUGAAUGAGAUCUAUGGAUCGCAUUGGGAGGACUGCAUGGAAGCUCUCAGCACGGUUUGGCGCGAAUCUAGCGGGGGCGAUGAGGCUCUUCCCCUACUCCUUGCUUCCUUCAGACUCUUUGCAAGCCUGAGGUCAAUCGUUGCUGAAGAAGAUAGCAAUGAUGAUGUCAAAGACGCCUGGUCAGAACGCAAGACGGUCCUUUUCAACGGAUUAGCCUCAACCCUUACAAAAUUUGACUACACCAUUGCUUUCCAUCAGCCCCGGGACGUUACCGUUGAAGUGUUAUGCCGCUUGAUCAAGGUGAUGCCUGUCGAGAGCCUCGAAGAUGCGAGUAAGAUGUUCCAUCUCCUGACGGCUGACAGCCGAGUGGUCCAACGUGCGGCUUUUACUCUCCUGCAUCGUUAUAUUCCAUCAGUGCAAGAACAAGUCUCAUUUGAUGUGGCAUUAUCCAAGUCUGUGGUCAGACUUCCUGAUGAGCUCAUGUCUUUGCUACUGGAAGCCCCUACAACGGAAUCAAUCACUCUUGCGGACGGCGAUGACAAGAUCUGGACCAGUAUAAGAUCAUAUUUGCUGAGCUGGAAAGUCGUAUUUGACCACUUUAUCAACGCGUCUCUCCCGGUUCAGGAGCAAUAUGUUGCAAGCAUCAAGGACAACGAUAGCCUCGGUCCAUUGUUAGAGUUCAUGUUUGAUUUCCUUCAGCAGUCCCACAAUAAACUGGUGGAUGCUUCGAAGUUUGACAUUCGCUCCUUUGAACCUGAUCAGUCCGAGACUCAAGAGAAAGAGAUCCAAUGGCUUUUGGUUCAUUUAUACUUUUUGUGUUUGAAGCACCUUGGCAAUAUGACGAAGAACUGGUGGCUGGACACAAAGAAGCGCAUAAAAGGGCCUGUUGAGACGUGGACAGAGAGAUAUAUCUCGCCUUUGAUCAUCGAAGACUCACUGAAAGGGGUGGACGAGUGGAUGGCCACACAGGAUCCCAACGAAGAGCGCGCACUUUCAGUGAAGGUUUCUCCCAAGACUGCGGAGAUCAUCGCGAGCAUCCCUGUUGAUGAAGAGUCGCCUCCUGUGGCGCUGUCGAUCUCCCUUCCUCCAGCAUAUCCACUGCAGCCUGCCCUCGUCGUUGGGCGCAGCCGAGUGCUGGUCGACGAGAGGAAGUGGAAGAGCUGGCUGCUCACCAUUCAGGGUGUGAUCAUGUUCUCCAGUGGCAAUCUUGUGGACGGACUGAUGGCCUUCCGCAAGAACGUGCAGGGUGCCUUGAAGGGCCAGAGCGAAUGUGCCAUCUGUUACUCGGUGAUCUCGACGGACAUGCAGACGCCGAAUAAGCGAUGCGCCACUUGCAAGAACACCUUCCAUUCGGUGUGUCUCUUCCGCUGGUUCAAGAGCAGCAACCAGAGCACCUGCCCUCUGUGCCGCAACAACUUUAUAACGUUCGUGGAUCGUGCAGUGGGUCGUGGAUCCAAUCCAGUGUGGCGGGGACUGAUCAACCCCGCCAAUAUCAUCAUCACCGCCCAGAGCUUCCCCCCUUCGCGUGGUAAAUAUCUCUCGGACAUGUCAGCUUCUCAGAUACCCAAUUUGAACACACUCCGUCGUGGUGGAGGUCGAGGGCGUCUUAGAGGCCGUGGAGGCCUUGGCACAGGCACACCAGGCGAAGAAAGACAUGGAUCACGGGGAACAGGAGCCCAGGACCGUGUCGUACAAGGGACAGACAAUGACGCCAGCGUCUCCCGGUUGAGCGCAGUGGAAAUUGGGUAUCUUGAGGAUCCUUUUGCGAGGGCGUUAACGCCUCCCGGGUCCGAAACAAGAAGGCUUCCCAUAAUUAACAGAGGCACUUACGUCCGCACCACCGCCAUCGAUCGACUCGUUGCGCGAUUCUUAGAAGGCCCCUCACAGACGAAAAAGCAGAUCAUCUCACUAGGUGCAGGAUCGGACACGCGCAUUUUCCGGUUGCUUUCCUCUCGCUCGCCGUCCUCAGGUGAGAAUCUGAUCUAUCACGAGAUCGACUUCUCCGCCAACACCGCCGCGAAGAUCAAGUUCAUCCGCGCAGCACCUCUCUUACAACGGACAUUGGGAUUUGGAAGUGCCCAAAAUGUAUCCAUCUCCGAGUCCGGCGACGCAUUGCACUCGCCGACAUACCACCUCCACCCUGUUGAUCUCCGAACACUCUCAGCGUCAGCAACCGCUUCGCGAAGCCCAUCAUCACCCGAUGUGACGGAGAAGGCUCAGCCACCCUGUCCGCUACCGGGUGUCGACCCGACACUUCCCACGUUACUCAUCUCAGAAUGCUGCCUUGUGUACCUCUCACCCCACGAAGCGAUCGAUGUCGUCGAAUACUUCACCAAGACCCUUUUCCCGGCAGCUGUGCCAUUGGGCUUAAUCCUCUACGAGCCCAUCCGACCGGACGACGCCUUUGGACGAACCAUGGUCGCCAACCUCGCGACGCGCGGGAUCCAGCUGCAGACACUGCAUGAGUAUGCGUCGCUCGAGGCGCAGCGGAGACGGUUACGGGAGCACGGGCUUGAUACCGGGCAAGCGGCGGCAGACAUUGAUUUCAUCUGGGAGCGGUGGGUGAGUGAGGCGGAGAAGGAGCGGGUUGCCGGGUUGGAGAUGCUGGAUGAGGUCGAGGAGUGGCAGUUGCUUGCGCGGCACUAUUGCGUUGCGUGGGGAUGGAGAAGCGGGGCGGGGCAGGAUACGGGGGUGUUUGAUGGAUGGAAGGAGAUUGAGGGACAGACUGGAGAGUGA